AUGGCGGUGUCCACGGAGGAUCUGGAGAGAGGCACGAACAAGAGGAAGAAGUACUGCGAAGAGGGAGAGGAUGAGUGCUACAAUGCAUUGGGGCACAGGGUGUCAUGCAAAGCAGAGCAUUUCCUGACGGAGGCAAAGAAACAAUCGCACACUGGAAAGAUUCUUCCCGGUGCCGUCAAACUGCACACUGAGCGACUCCUUGUGAAACCCACUGGUGGGACGAUAACUGUACCGAGGGCUAUGAAUGGACCGUGCAGCCACUUUACGGUUCCUACCAGGCACAAGAGUGACGGUGUGCCGAAUGCAGAUUUUAUCAUCUACGCUGCUGCUAGGCCAUCAGGCACGAAUAGCAGGGCUGUGUGGACGGCCGCGUGCAACACAUUGACAGAUCUUCGCCCCUACAUUGGCGCCAUGAACUUUGAUCCGAAGUACUUGACUGACACGGCGUGGGGCGUUCGCGUUGCCGCACACGAAAUUGCGCAUGCACUUGGGUUCAGCCAGGAGAGCAUGAGAGAAAAGAGUCUGCUGAAGAAGCGAGAGAGAAGUGUGCGUGGGAAGCACCGCAGGAUGGUGGCAGGGAAGCACGUUCAGGAGAAGACGAAAGCGCACUUUGGUUGUAAGUCUCUCGAGGGCAUGGAGCUGGAGGACGAAGAUGGCCCUCGGGAAAAAGAAAUCCCUCACUGGAAGGGACGCCACGCGCGGGACGAGCUGAUGGCCCCCGCAGUUGGUGCCGGCUACUACACGGCUCUGACGAUGGCGGUUUUCGCGGAUAUGGGAUACUACCGCGUGAAUUGGAGCAUGGCGGAGCCGAUGAGCUGGGGCAGCCGCAGUGGCUGCGACUUCCUGGAGAAGAAGUGCAAUACAACCGAUAAUCUUGCCGCCAAGUAUCCUCACAUGUUUUGCGAUGCUACCGACACAGAGACGCUUCGCUGCACCUCCGACCGCCGUCACGUUGGGACGUGCACCGCAAGCAUCGUUGAGGACAAGGGGAGUCUGGUGGAUAAGGACGUUUGCCCUGUCGUUUCUUCCGAAUUUUACGAAAUAUCGUCUGGGACAACGUACAGGACGUGCUCGGACGAAAAUGUGGAUUAUCUCCCUUGGUCGCUGAUUGGCGGUGACUCGUGGUGCCUGAACGCGGAAUUACUGGAGACGAAGGACGGUAAUGGCCAUAAAAGCGUCAAGGGAGUGUGCGCGCAGGUGUCGUGUGAGGAGGGCACAGUGAGGGUGAGGCACCUCGGCAGCAGUGGGUUUCAGCCUUGCCCUGAGGACACUGACAUCCCAGUGACGUUGAAAGAUUUUCAGGAAGAUGGGAGGAUCAAGUGCCCCACGUACGGCGAGGUGUGCACCUUUGCCGCGAACGGCAGCAGUCUUGUCGUUCCGAGUGCGUUGGUGGAUGGACAGGGUGACGAGCAAUAG